GCAAGAACUUUUUGCUUGCCGUUUUGGUUCAAUGUUUACGGUGAAGCAUGGCAGCCUCCUUGCCACUCGUGAGAUCGGCUAGCUAGAAUGUUCUAGCGCAUUCAUGUUUCUGUGUUUACAGGGGGGGUAGAGUUGUUUCUAAGUCAUAAAGAACCCGUGUGUCCAUUUAUUCCGCUCAGUUGUAUAGGACUCUUUAAAAGCUGUACACAUCAUGGCAGAAGACAGCCAGAACAGGAGAUAUCCCCAAAAUCUUCAGGGGGUCCUGCAACUGGCAGUAGAGGCUGGAUCAGCUACAGAGGGACCUGCCCCUCUUGAACCCAUGUCAGAGGAGAGGAAAACAUGGCUGAGAGAGGCUCUUGCAGAAGUCCACAAAGGGCAAAUGGAUGAAGUGGAGCAGAUGAAGCAGUGCUUGGCAGUCCUACGCAAAGAGGGAGUGAGCGAAAGUGAGAGGGCGGGAGAGGAGGAGAGGGAUGAAGACGAGGUUGACGAUGAGCGGGAAUCAGCCUUUGAGAUCCUGUCGGAGUUGUGUGAGAAUUUGGACAAUGCUAGAGACCUGAUGAUUCUGGGUGGACUGGAGUUGUGCUUCUCCCAAUAUCUGUGUCAUGUCCAAAGUGGGCUAAGGUGGCGCGCUGCCCAGCUGAUUGCUUCCUGUGCUCAGAACAUGCCGCAGGUGCAGGUCCACUUGCUUACCAUUGGGGCGCUGCCAAAGCUGCUGCAGCUGACAGACUCAGACCCCCACCCCACCGUCAGAAUAAAAGCCCUUUACGCUGUCUCAUGUCUGGUCCGAGAGCAGGAAGCAGGACUCCAGGCGUUCCUGGCCCACGACGGUUUCUCAAUGCUAAUGCGAGGCAUGCAGUCGGAGAAUGAGAAGGUCAGGACCAAGUCGGCUUUCCUUUUGCUCAACCUGCUGACAUCACAUCCUGAACAGAAAGACACAGUUGUCUCCAUGGGUAUGGUACAGCAGCUGGUAUCUGUUCUCCGCACACCACACUCGCCUUUCCAUGAGCAUGUGCUUGGUGCCCUUUGUUGUCUGGUGGCGGACUGUCCACAGGGGCUCAAAGACUGCAUGAAUCCUGCUCUGGGUCUGGAGGAGCUACUCAGACAGCGAACCAGAGAGCUCCAAGGAAAGGAAGAAAGUCAGGAAGAACUGGACUUCUGCGAGCAUUUGAGGGCUAUGUGUUUCCGCGGGCAGACGCCAGAUGACAAUGGAAUGGAUCGCUGAAGUCUAAUUUACCUCACAUGUUUUGUUAUUAGUGUGCAAAGAUGUAACAGAACAUUUUUCAUGAUCUCAAUAAGUGAUAUUAAGCAACGUCCUUUUCAGUUAUGACUGUUGCUGUCCAUAUUUUGCAUGUACUCCAGGAGCUGGAUUUUACUGUGUACAUAACUGUGAUGUAUAAAAUACUUUUUUCCAGUCA